UUUUCAAGAGAUAGUGUGUUGUGUGCAGUAGCGGAAUUUAUUGUUUGUGAUGAUCAAUCUCUAGCGGUGGCAAACAAGACCACAUUUCGAAACUGCUUGGUUACAAUGCGUCCAGCGUCAACUACAGCAGAAUUACCUUUGACUCACGAUAUCACAACCUAUAUUCACAAUGCAUUCAUCAAGCUCAUUGAAAGUGUCAAG